AUGUUUCUGAAGGCGGGCAGAGGGAAAAAAGUCCCCCCAGUGAGGGUCUAUGAGUCUGAUUGUGUAGUUCUGAUGGAGACCCCUUUGAGCAAGAGGAACCCGCCAGCGCUGAGAUUAGCGGAUUUGGCAACGGCUCAGGCCAGGCCACUUCAGAAUAUGACAGGCUUCCCGGCGCUGGCCAGCGCGCCCGCCCACUCCCAACUCCGCGCCGCAGCCGGGCACCUCCGCCCUCGGGACCUGGGCGCUGACCCCGGCGUGGCCAUCACUCCGCUCGGACCCGAGCACAUGGCCCAGGCGAGCGCGCUCGGCCUCAGCCCUCCCUCCCAGGCGCUCCCGGCACAGCCCGAUGCCCCAGCGGCCACCGCCCGCGCUGCAGCCUCCGUCACGCACCCGGGCGCCGGCACCUACCCUGGCGGCGGGGGUAGCGGUAGCGUGCAGUCUUCCGCGCCCGCGCCCCCGCCCCCAGCCCCUCCUCUUCCUCCCUCCCCUUCACCCCCUCCCCCUCCUCCUGGCCUCUCGGGCUACACCACCACCAACAGUGGCGGCGGCGGCAGCAGCGGCAAAGGCCACAGCAGGGACUUCGUCCUCCGGAGGGACCUUUCCGCCACGGCCCCCGCGGCGGCCAUGCACGGGGCCCCGCUCGGAGGGGAGCAGCGGUCCGGCACCGGCUCCCCCCAGCACUCGGCCCCGCCUCCCCACUCGGCCGGCAUGUUCAUCUCGGCCAGCGGCACCUACGCUGGCCCGGACGGCAGCGGCGGCGGGGGCCCGGCGCUCUUUCCCUCGCUGCACGACACGCCGGGAGGCCCCGGCGGCCACCCGCACCCGCUCAACGGCCAGAUGCGCCUGGGGCUGGCGGCAGCGGCGGCAGCCGCGGCGGCUGAGCUGUACGGCCGCGGGGAGCCGCCCUUCGCGCCGCGCUCAGGGGAUGCGCACUACGGUGCGGUGGCGGCCGCUGCAGCCGCCGCCCUGCAUGGCUACGGAGCAGUGAACUUAAACCUGAACCUGGCGGCGGCGGCUGCUGCCGCGGCGGCCGGACCCGGGCCCCACCUGCAACACCACGCGCCGCCCCCGGCGCCGCCACCGCCGCCCGCGCCCGCGCAGCACCCGCACCAGCACCACCCCCACCUCCCAGGGGCGGCCGGGGCCUUCCUGCGCUACAUGCGGCAGCCAAUCAAGCAGGAGCUCAUCUGCAAGUGGAUCGACCCCGAGGAGCUGGCCGGGCCGUCGCCGCCCCCGCCCCCGGCCGGCGGCGCCAAGCCCUGCUCCAAAACUUUCGGCACCAUGCACGAGCUGGUGAACCACGUCACGGUGGAGCACGUGGGCGGCCCCGAGCAAAGCAGCCACGUCUGCUUCUGGGAGGACUGUCCGCGCGAGGGCAAGCCCUUCAAGGCCAAAUACAAGCUCAUCAACCACAUCCGCGUGCACACCGGCGAGAAGCCCUUCCCCUGCCCCUUCCCGGGCUGCGGCAAGGUCUUCGCGCGCUCCGAGAACCUCAAGAUCCACAAGCGCACUCAUACAGGGGAAAAGCCUUUCAAAUGUGAAUUUGAUGGCUGUGACAGGAAGUUUGCCAACAGCAGUGACCGAAAGAAACAUUCCCACGUCCACACCAGCGACAAGCCCUACUACUGCAAGAUCCGAGGCUGUGACAAAUCCUACACCCACCCGAGCUCGCUGAGGAAGCACAUGAAGAUUCACUGCAAGUCCCCACCACCCUCUCCAGGAGCCCUGGGCUACUCAUCGGUGGGGACUCCAGUGGGUGCCCCCUUGUCCCCUGUGCUGGACCCAGCCAGGAGUUGCUCGAGCACUCUGUCCCCUCAAGUGACCAACCUCAAUGAGUGGUACGUUUGCCAGCCCAGUGGGGUCCCCAGUCACCUCCACACCCCUUCCAGCAGUGGAACCACUUCUGAGUCUGACGAUGAGGAGAUGUACCGGAACUCUGAAGGCGUGCGGACCAUACAUUAG